AAACAUCGUAACGCAGUGAUUAUUUUGUUGUUUUUUCUUGAAGUAUCUUAUUUUGACGUAUGUCUGAAAUUUAAGCUGAACGAAAAAAGUGUAAUACGGAAAAUAAUGAAAUGAUAUGAGUUCUAUAAACAAACCAUUUUAGGAAAUGGCUUUGCCCGAUCUUGACGUUCGAUCUGUUUUGGAUGUAGUAGAGGAAAAUUUUCAGAAACUUGGUUUAGUUAGUACCUAGAUUUUUUCACUACCUACUAAUUAAAUUUCAUAAGUGACGGAAACCUUAAAAGUAAUUCUAUAUUAACUAAAAUGCGUGAAGUUAAUGACCGUGCUCUCCAGUAUCCAACUGAUUUUCUAUAUGUAGGACAUUUGCUGGAAUUUAAUCCAAAUGCGAACUUUUCACAUGUCGCUGAAUUACUUGAGUACCGUGUGAUAAGUAUUGAAAUUAUGUUUUACACAUUUUUCUCUAUUGAUGAUGAGUGAUCUAGUUCAUUCAGAUGAUGCAGUAAAUUAUAGUAGGUAGUAAUGACUGCUUUGAAGAAAACAUACGCUAUUCGUAUGAUAUAUAUAGGUGAACAUACAUUAUCUAAGGAAGAAAUAAUAAGAGCGUUCGAGAAAUCUGUACAUGAUGUAAACUCUGCUUAUUGUGAAAUCCACGUAUACGGACUGUUAUUGGUGUACGAUAGUUAUUUUGUACAUAUUUUAGAGGGCUCUGAGGACACAUUACACAGACACUUGAGAUUUUUAUUUAAGUUAGAAAUUGACUGGAUUGAGAGAAUGAAAAAAUCCACGGAAACGGACCGUGCAGUCCUUUUGGAGAACAAAGAUAAAUCAGAACCGAAGAUAUUCAGGAGGCUGAAAAUGUUAAUGGUUUAUCAUUCGAUCAGCACGCUGUUUUUCGCACGGUGGCGAGCACUAACCGCCCACCCGCCAUCUUUAGUUGGCAGAUUGGACGUAAACGGACCAAUUUCAGAGCACAUGGAACAAUUGAAGAUUUGCCUCAAUAAAAUCACAAAAUUAUGUGAUCUUUUGAAGGCUGAUGAAAAGUUAUCAUUCGAGGGUCUCAAUGCUGUGGAUCCUAGAAUUGAAUCUUUACCCGAAGCAGCGCUUUUAGACUUUUUACUGCAGUCUUCUUAUAUUCGAGACCUCAGACAAACCUACGAUUUGCAUAGAAGGGUUGAUGACCAUCAGUUUUAUUUUGAGAGUGUAUGGCCCCUACCGACACAUUUUACACCUCGUCUUCUGUACAAGUUAAAGGUAGACGACUCGUUCGUCGAACCUUUGCCGGUAAUGCCUUGGGAGAUAGUUAAGAAGGAAACAGAAGACGAAGAUAGAGAAGAACCGCAAAGCGGAAGUUCCUCAAGUGAUUGAAGUUCUGAUUACGGCACGGCACUUGUAAAAUAUGACGUGACUCA